AUGAGCACAAGAUCCGGGUUCGGCCGGCUCCUCCGUCCAUGACAAGAAACGCUUUGCUGAAGGGAGGAGCUGACACUGGGUUCCGCCACGUCGAGCCAGAGAAGUACAAACCGCGUCUGCUUCACUUUUCUGGAACCAGGAAACACGUCUUGGUGAAAGAGAUUCCACUGAACAAGUCAUUGAUAAAGUCUGACGAUGUCUACAUUCUUGAUUUGGGUCAAGAGGUCUACCAGUUUAAUAGCUCUGGUGCCAACAAGGAUGAAGAGUUUAAGGCUGCACAGUUCUGCCAACAACUGGAAUCUGAACGGAAUGGUAGAGCCAGUGUAGAAGUGCUGGAUGAAAGUGAGAUUGAUUCUGGGGUAUGUCUAGUUGUGAAACGAAAUGGCAAAACCUAA